UCCCCGAUCCAAACACAUGUACGUAUGCUAGCAGUUAGCUUUGGCGAAAAUACUUCUUAAGAGUGGCAAUAAGUGCCACUGAAGAUGGUUCACAUCACUAGGAUCUGCUUACGGAAGUAUGGAAACUUUGUUGACAAUCUGCGGCUGUACGUCCGUGGAGGCAGUGGAGGAAUGGGUUUACCCCGCCUUGGAGGACAAGGAGGGAAAGGGGGAGAUGUUUGGGUGGUGGCAACGAAGAACAUGACCUUAAAAAGGAUAAAGGACAAAUUCCCACAAAAACGUUUUGUAGCGGACGCAGGAGCCAACAGCGGCGUUCGAGCUAUGAAAGGAGAAAGAGGGGCAGACAAGGAGAUCCUUGCUCCUGUUGGUAUCACCGUCACCACUGAUGAGGGCAGAACACUCGGUGACUUGAACUUGGAGGGCGAUCGUGUGAUGGUGGCAAAAGGAGGAUCAGGAGGCUCGCUGUACUCUGCGUUUCAGCCCAGUAAAGGCGAGGCUAAACACAUCAGACUGGACCUCAAGCUUAUAGCAGACAUGGGCCUUGUGGGGUUCCCGAAUGCAGGAAAGUCCUCUCUGCUGACAGCCUUGUCUAACGCCACACCUCAGAUUGCCAGCUAUGCUUUCACAACCUUGAAACCAGAGAUUGGCAAACUGAUAUAUGAUGAUUAUAAGCAGAUUUCUGUUGCUGAUCUCCCUGGCUUGAUUGAGGGAGCUCACAUGAACAAAGGCAUGGGCCACAAAUUUCUGAAACACGUGGAGAGGACCAAGCAGCUGUUAUUUGUGGUCGAUGUUUGUGGUUUUCAGCUGGCAAGUAAAACACCGUUUAGGUCAGCCUUCGAAGCUGUGCAGCUUCUAACCAAGGAAUUGGAGUUGUAUAAAGAGGAGCUGUUGUCAAAGCCUGCAUUACUGGUGGUGAAUAAGAUGGACCUGCCUGAUGCUGAGGACAAGCUAGCAGAGCUGAAGGAGCAACUACAAAACCCAGAAGAGUUCUCUGAUCUGCUCCCUGAAGAUAUGAUACCACAGAACUAUUUGACCUUCAGACACGUGGUUCCCGUUUCUGCAAUCACCGGGUUUGGCAUCAGCCACCUUAAGAGCUGCAUUCGACAGUCCCUCGAUGAAGACGCAGCCUUAGAAGUUAAAGCCACUCAUCGAGAAAAGCUGCAAGCACUGAGGAAGCCGUCACAAGGACGUGCGUGAGUAACGUAGAUGACAUCAAGCAUCAUCACGCAGGACUUUGCAGAUAAACAUCCUCUACCACGAAGCUCCUGGGAGAGCAAAACCACUUCAAUUUAUAGAAGUGAUGGAGGUCUCUGCUUGGAGAUGAUCAAAUUCUCACUGACUGAUGCAAACGCCAUCUUUAUUUAUUUAAAAGUGAUGUGUUGUAUAAGACUGAUAAAACUUUGUGAAUAUCAUAGAAAUUCACAGGCUGGUGCAUAAAAGGAUUAUAGUCAAGAUGACUAAAUUAAAUGAUAAAUACAAUAUAUUCAGUUUCAUCCAGUUUCUCACUACGAUUUAAAAUGUUUUUAUUAUUAUUGAUUUACGUUUUGUGCAUACUCAGCUGCAUCGUCUGUUUCACUUUAAAUGGGGCAUAAUCUACAAUUCAAACAACAUGCAGUGUUGCAGAAAACUUGAAACCAGCGAUUUAGACCAUAAACUUAUUAGGAACAUGUUAACUGAGAUAGUUUGUUUCGCUGUAGGCUUAUAUAGAGUCUGAUUUAAUUUGCAACCAAGCAGGAACCUCAGUAAUGACCAAUUGAAGCUGGCUCCAGCAGUGAGUCAGUCGUCACAGACUCCCAUGUUAAAAUGCUCAACAGCAGUAAUACAUCCUGAUGCAAAAAUGGGUUUUGUCCCCAUUGUUUCCCCCUUCAAAGCAAUUCCAGUGGGGGUGAAUCUUUGCUAUAACUAAACAGUUUCAAUGCUGAUAAGACCUAAAGGUAAGAGUUUGGUUGCUUUGCUUGGCAGGUGUACCGACACAGGUAACCCGUUGCUUUCCACUUGGCCUCAUUUCCGCUAAUUUGAGUGACUGAACUGGAUCUUCUGACUGUUUUUCGAUCAGUCAUAUGGUUUGCUGUGAGGUACAGCCUGGGCUAAGGGUUCACUCAACUUUUUGACAGGGGGAAAUUUUAGUUUUUAUAAGGAUGCGAGUUAAAAUUAGCAAAUAAACUUGAAGCAAAUUUG